AAAAGCCCAAACAUAACCUGAAAAUGUGAUGGUUGUUUUGUUGCACUCUGUUUACAUAUCCUAACAUGUUACUCGAAAAUAUGUUAUGACAUUAGUUAUUUCAUUGCAAGGAACGUAUGUACGUUACGUAACAACAAAAUUUUUAAACAAUGUUGAUAUCGUGAAUUUCCAAGCGUAACGUAAAAUUUAAGUGAUACUUAAUUACUGUAUUAGCGUGAUCAUUAUAAUUAAAAUACGCCACCGCAUUAGCCGAUUAAAUUAUAUGGGAAAGAGAAUCUUUACUACCUGAACAUGAUACAAAUUCAAACAUUAGUUUCCUACCGCAUUUGUAGACAAUUUCUGCAUCACGUAAUUGAGCACAGGAAACAACUUGCAAGGCUUUGUCCUGGUUUAAAAAUUGUGAUGAACUUUAGAGACAUCAGAUGUUACUCAAGUCAAGUCACAGGCAUCGUGCUUGGAAUUGAAACAAGUUGUGAUGACACUGGGUGUGCUAUUGUGGACAGUAAUGGAAGGCUCCUGGGGGAGGCAAUGAAUUCUCAGCAGCAGAUUCAUCUCAACCAUGGUGGCAUAAUUCCUCCAAUUGCUCGUGACCUACACCAGCAACAUAUAGAAAGUGUAGUUAACGAUGCCUUGAGGGCAGCGAGUCUUCAGCUGUCAGAUGUGGAUGCAAUAGCAACAACUGUGAAACCUGGUCUACCCCUGUCGCUUAUUGUUGGAAUGAAUUAUGGGAAACACCUGUCACGCAUCUCUGGGAAACCUUUAAUCCCAAUACACCACAUGGAGGCCCAUGCCCUCACGGUUCGAAUGGUGCAGAAGGUGGACUUUCCAUUCCUGGUUCUUCUUAUUUCUGGAGGGCAUUGUCUCUUAGCUGUAGCGCAGGCUGUGGAUAGAUUCCUGCUUCUGGGCCAGAGUUUGGAUGAUGCGCCAGGAGAGGCUUUUGACAAGGUUGCCCGGCGCCUGAAACUGCGAAACCUGGCAGAGUUCCGAACAUUGUCUGGUGGUGAGGCCAUCGAGCUAGCAGCCAGCAAGUGUACGAUUUUCCUCAGGCAUUUGAUCAUUCAGGUGAUAAAAUUGCUUUCUGUAUCAGAUGUUGAAGGAGAUGAGUUGAUCCCAGGGGUGUUCAACUUAUGUGGAAGCUUCCAGAUGGCAAUCACACGCCACUUGUGUCAGCGUCUGCAGCGUGCCAUGGAGUUUGUUGGCCUUCAGAAGCUUCUACCUCAGGAUAAUAAGACCUUGGUGGUAUCUGGAGGCGUGGCUUGUAACAAGUUUAUAAAGCGUGCCAUCAAGCUAGUCUGCCAUGAAAUGGGCUACACACUGGCUGUCCCUCCACCACACCUUUGCACUGACAAUGGAAUCAUGAUUGCAUGGAAUGGUAUAGAGAGGUGGCAGGCACACGCUGGUGUUACUUAUGAUCUGGAUUCUGUGGACAUUGCUUCAAGGCUUAUCAUCAGAUAUGAUGCCCAUGAUGAGCUUGGUGAAUUCGGGUGCCAGUUCAGCGUCAAAAUGGCGAUUGAUAUACAUUUCCUGUUUUGCAUAUUUUUUUAUAUACGCUGUGAAUUACAGGAACACAACCCCCAUGUAAAACGAGAAUCACUUUGGUGCCCUCUGGGGGAAGACUGGUCAGAACAAGUUGUCAAGGCCAACAUCAAGUGCAAGUGGAUAAAACUGACUUCAUUACUCAAGGAUCAAGCCACGAGUGAGGUUUAGAUGCGCAUGUUCACUGUUAUAGGAAGGUUCUGGAUCAUUUACUGUAAUAGUUUUAUGCCACUGAAAAGUAAAUUGACAUUGUAUAAUUGUUAUCCUCAAUAAAAUAUAAUGUUCCAUGUACAAACAAUAAAUAUGUAUAUAAAUGAC